AUGGUGAACAUCUAUUCAGUUGCCAUCUCAAAACCAUACACUAUAACAGCUUCAGGUGAUGGAUACUUGAAAUUUUGGUCAAAUCAUAUAACAGAAACAGACACUGCAAAAGAGAAUGUUAAAGAAGUAUUUGUACACAAGACAGGGUUGCAUCAUGUUGCUGUUUUCGAAGAUUUUGUUGAUACAACUAGAAUUGGAUUAGUUGCAACUGUUUCAUUUAGUGGUGAAGUGUUUUUUUACAUUAUAAAUCAAACCGAUGGUUCUAUAUCACCAAUUGAUGUUCAAUUGAAUGGUAAAGGUAAUAGAGAUUCAUACUGGGCUAUUCAAUUCUCGAAAGAUGAAGAAAGUAAAUCACAUAAAUUUGGUGCUACACAAGCAACAGGUGUAACUAAAAUAUGGUCAUUUACAAUAGAUUCAUUAACAUCUGCAACUUUCACAAUUCAUGGUGAAAUAAAACCACAAACCAAAAAUUUUGCAACAAGUUUAGAUAUUUCAUAUAAUAAAUCAUUAUUAGCUACUGGUUUCAAAAAUGGUGAUGUGGUUUUAACUCAAACUGAAACUUCUAAACCUGUUUAUACUUUCCAUAAUUUUGGUUUAAAAGGUUCAUCACAAAGUUCUUCAACUAUUCGUUCUGUUAAAUUCUCUCCAUUGGGUACAUUAUUAGCCGUCGCAAGUGAUUCAGGUUCAUAUGGUACAAUAACUUUAUAUGAUACUAUAUAUGGUGAAAAUGUUGGUAAUUUCACAAUCCCAUCACAUUCAACUCAAGUUCAUGUUGGUGCUUAUGCACAUGAAGGUUGGGUUUUUGAAAUUGAUUUUAACGAAACAGGUGAAUUAUUGGUAAGUUCAGGUUAUGAUGGUAAAAUUCGUGUAUGGAAUGUUACAACUCGUGAAAGAGAAGCUACUAUUGCAUUAAGUAUUACAGAUUAUGAUGAUGAUGAUAUCCCAAUUGAUGAAAAUGCAACUAGUGCCGCUGUGGGUGUUAAAUUUAUUGAUAAAGGUAUUAGAGGAGGUGCUGGUGGUGAUAGUAAUGAUGGAUUAGCUAUAAUAUCUUUAGAUAGAGGUAUUCGUUGGUUUAGAGAAGCUGGUGGUAUAUAA